AUGAAUACAUGGUACCAUGUAGCUUGUGUGUACGACUCGGUCACAACGGCACAACAAGUUUGGCUUGAUGGUAGCCUUGAUGGUUCACGUUUGGCCAGCGCCUACAAUGGUCUGUGGGGAAUAACAACUAUUGGUGCCACUUUUCAAUCAGGCAAUGCGUCUACUUUUAAUGGUUACAUAGACAAUGUACGAUUUGAGGCGAGAGCUAAAAAUUCGACUGAAAUUCUGAACGAUGCUACUCUACAUGUUUACUACUCGUUUGAUAGUGGUUCACUUAUCGACAAUGGUCCGAAUGGUAUUAAUGGAACUGCCUAUGGAAAUCUAUUAAGUACAACUGGUCGAGUUAAUCAAGCACUGCAAUUUAAUACGGGACCCUACGUAUACUAUUCAUAUACUCCAUUUUACUUUUUGGGUAUUAGCGGUCAUCCAUUUAGUAUAGCCUUGUGGGCAAAGCCAACAGGAAGUUAUGCUCAACAAACACUUGUUUUCGUAGAGAGACCAUCUACUUGGUGUGCUCACGUUUUAGUAAUGACAUCGAGUGGACAAUUAGUUGCCAGUAAUUGGAAGGGUACUAACGUAGCUACAAAUGGUUCCAUCAUUCCGUUAAAUACUUGGUCAUAUAUUGGCUAUACUUAUAGUAUAGUCAACGGUAUUCGAUUGUAUCUAAAUGGUUCCCAAUACUCGACGACAGGUGCUUUUAGGUUUUUGGGUUCUGGUUUUCCGAUGCGUAUCAUAUUGGGUGGAAACAUAGGUCAAAUCUCUGCGUGCUCUCCAGGCUACGGAGGUGUAUUUACUGGUGCCAUCGAUGAAUUUUAUCUUUAUAGGCGUGAAUUAACAGCAGCUCAAGUUUGGGCAUUAGCCAAUCCUUAA